GCCGCGGCCCGGGGGUCACUCGGCCGCUGGGCUGGCCGCUGUCACUAGCUCCCUGCGCCGGCCCGGCUCGCCCCUCUCCCGCGCGCACCCGGACGCACGGCGCACACGCGUUCUAGGACCGAGCCCGGCGUUUCUGGGCAGCUGCCGGUGAGCAAGCCCCUCCAUUCCCUAUCGGAGAGACCACAUGGGCCCCGAGGCCGCCUGCCCGAGGAGCGGCCCCCUGCCUAGCCUCCAGGUGAGGACCUGGAUCGAGCCCGUGGUGGCCUCCACCCAGGUGGCCGCCUCCCUCUACGACGCAGGGCUGCUUCUCGUGGUGAAGGCGUCCUUCGGCGCCGAAGCUUUCUCCAACCACAGUGCCAGCCCGUCGCCCCGGGGGCCUCUGGAGGACCAACAGCAGAGGGCCAUCUCCAACUUCUACAUCAUCUACAACCUCGUGGUGGGCCUGACGCCCCUGCUGUCCGCCUACGGGCUGGGCUGGCUCAGCGACCGCUACCACCGCAAGAUCGCCAUCUGCGUGCCCCUGCUGGGCUUCCUGCUCUCCCGCCUCGGGCUGCUGCUCAAGGUACUGCUGGACUGGCCGGUGGAGGUGCUGUACGGGGCGGCGGCGCUGAACGGGCUGUGCGGCGGCUUCUCGGCAUUCUGGUCUGGGGUCAUGGCCCUGGGUUCCCUCGGCUCCUCCGAGGGCCGCCGCUCCGUGCGCCUCAUCCUGAUCGACUUGAUCCUGGGCUUGGCAGGAUUCUGCGGGAGCAUGGCCUCCGGGCAUCUCUUCAAGCAGGUGACUGCGCACUCCGGGCAAGGCCUGGUGCUGACCGCCUGCAGUGUGAGCUGUGCCACAUUUGCCCUUUUCUAUAGCCUCUUGGUCCUGAAGGUCCCCGAGUCGAUGGCCAAGCCCAGCAAGGUGCUCUCCCGCCUGGAUUCGGUGUCUGGCACGGUUGGCACCUAUCGCACCCUGGAUCCUGAUCAGCCAGACACGCAGAGUGUGGCAGGGCACCCUCCAUCUCCUGGGAAAGCAAUGCCCUCCAAAACCAUCAUUGCUCUGUUCUUUGUGGCUGCCAUCACCUAUGACCUGGCGGUGGUGGGCACGGUGGACAUCAUACCCCUUUUUGUGCUGAGGAAACCUCUCAGUUGGAACCAAGUGCAGGUGGGCUAUGGUAUGGCUGCAGGGUACACCAUCUUCAUCACCAGCUUCCUGGGCGUCCUGGUCUUCUCCCGCUGCUUCCGGGACACCACCAUGGUCAUGAUUGGCAUGGUCUCCUUUGGGUCGGGAGCCCUUCUCUUGGCUUUCACGAAGGAGACAUACAUGUUCUACAUUGCUCGAGCCAUCAUGCUAUUUGCUCUCAUUCCCAUCACAACCAUCCGAUCAGCAGUGUCCAAACUCAUAAACGACUCCUCCUACGGAAAGGUGUUCGUUAUCCUGCAGCUGUCCCUGGCUCUGACUGGGGUGGCGACGUCCACAGUGUACAACGAGAUCUAUCAGCUCACCAUGGAAAAGUUUGUCGGCACCUGCUUUGCUCUCUCCUCCUUUCUCUCCUUCCUGGCCAUCAUCCCGAUUGGCAUCGUGGCCUAUAAACAAGCCUCAUGGUUGCAAUAUGGAGACAGCACAGAGAAAUGAAGGUGCUCCCCUGCCGAGUUGCAAACACCAGCAAUGCUCGCGCCCCUUUGAAGACAAAGGAAGGGACCGGAAACUGAUGACCGGAUAACCCACUGCCCAAGCCAGCCAGGCUCCAGCUAGAGUUGGGCCCAGAAGACAUGCUCUGUUUCAGGACUCUCUGGCGGGUAGGGAAAAGCACUUUCCUGGUGAUGGAAGAACUUUCUCAGCUUUCCGGUGUCCCUAAGGAGGCAGAGGUCAGGUUCUACGGAUAGUAGACUGGGAAUUUCAAGGGUUCUAUGUACAGACUGCAUGCACAGUCAUAGCAGAUGCUGUAAGUAUCAGACAGCAGGCCUUUUCUGCCAGGACUUCUCCUCAGGACUCCAAAGUAUGGCUAACUCGUCCCCUGGGUGCUGUGCUAGGAGUCCCAUUGAGACCUCAAAGCAAAGCUUGCAUUUUCAGCAGCCUGAGGGGAACGUGGAAGGGAUGUUUCAUAAGAACUGCCAAUGUCAGUCAAUAUUUUUUAAAUUAACAUAAAACCUUGAAAAAAAGUGAGUUUUCUUCCCUGCACCUUAUUCACUGUGAACACUCAGGAGAGAUCUGGAGCUCAGGCUUUUGGCUUCAGGGUAGUUCUGUUGUCAUUGUUGCUGUUGUUUACAAGAAGCAAAUAUCAAGACUUUCAACAGAAUAUUAACUUGAAUACGUUCAGUCAACAGUACUUCCCAGAGUGAGUGGUGUGAAGGGAGGGGAGAGGAGCUAUGCUGCAACCAUUUUAUUUUGAGGUACUUCUUUUUAUAGCCUAUUUGACUUACAUAUAUAAAAGCAGACUCAUCUAAUAAAAAUCAACAUUCGUAGU